AUGGCCAUAGUAAGUCUUAAUGAUCGUGAAAAUAUACACGAUAUGGAUGCUAUUGGUACAUUUGAUUCCAUUUCAAUCUAUUGUAUUCUUCAUACAAUACUUAUAAUUUAUCUUUUUAUUUAUCGAUCAAAAGCUUCCGAACAUUCGAAAAGAAUUACAUUUGCAAGUAUUCCUGAAUAUAUUGCUGCUGGAACACCUUUUCUCUAUUUUCUUGCUUUCGCAGCACAAUUUUGGACACAAACAAAACAAAUGAUGGAUUCCACUUUUACUGUACACUAUUCAAAUCGAAGAGAAACUUAA